AGCGAUGCUAAUAGUAAUAGGGGAUGGCGUCAGACGCUCUCUUAUCUGAAGUUAUCAGUCAUUCUCUUACUUAUCAUGCUGCUUUACUCGGCGCACGCAGGCACGCUUUAUUAGGAGCCUCCAUCGCCGCGCACGCGCCCUAUGUCCCCCCUCCUCAGAGUCAAUGUCCGCCUCGGAGGAGACCUUGCAAGGCUUCAGUGAUCAUUUCGUCAUCAACUGUUGCGGCGCGGCAGCGGCAGCGCUGCUUGUGUUCGACUAUGUCCUGACGUUCGAGCAGGAGGUCAACUUCAUCUGGAGCAGCACCAACUAUGUCUACGUCUUGCUCUUCCUCGCAAAUCGCCUUGCAAUGCUCGGGAUGACAGUGGGAUCCGUCUUGAACAUGUUGCCAUGGUAUUCAAUACUGAGCUGCACCGUGGUCAAUUGGUCUCUGGCCGGCUUUCAAAUCCUCACAUUGCUUCUAUGGGCUAUUGUUUCAACACUGCGAGUGUAUGCCGUCAGCAAUCGGGACUGGGGCUUCACCAUCCUUACCCUUCUCCUGGGGCUAACGCCCGUUGCCACAAACAUCUAUGCGAACAUUGAGGCAACAUUCUUCCCCGUACCAUCCUAUGCGUAUUGCUACGGACAGACCGAAUACACUGUAGUUCUUGCCAACAGAUUGGAGAUUACGACCAGAGCGUGCCUCAUUGCAUCUGACGCACUAGUGCUGCUGAUCGCAUGGUACCAACUGCACACCAGCCUAUACAACGUUGCUCGCGUGAGUGUCAAGUCGACGCUAGCCACGUAUUUGCUCCGAGAUGGAACAUUCUACUUCUUGGUGUUGUUGGUGCUCAACAUCUGUCAGGUCAUUACAGACUUCGACAGGGGAGUGUUCUACAACCCUCUUCCGUACUUCUCGAAUCCGAUAACCUCCAUCAUCAUCUCUCGUUUCCUCCUCGGCAUUCGCCGGCUCGCCCUCGCGACACACGACAGCCUCCCGUCGUACUUCUCCCAAUCAUAUGAAACCGAGCGGCAGUGCGCGGAACAGGGCCGGCAGCGCUCGGGCAUCUCAACCAUAGCGUUCAACUCGAAUACGGUCUCGCACACGGCCAGCGCGACCACGCGACAUACUGUAUCGCUGCGGCACCCGCCGUCCGAAUGGAGCGAAUACAGCCGCUUCACGACCAGCGGGGCGGCGCGAUACGACAAUUGGGGCCCAGAUGAAAUUGUAGAGCUAGCACGUGUACGCUAUACGCAGUGACCCCGAGCGGACCGUGGACGGGGUGAUACCAGGACGGGAUCUAGGAUGGAUUGUAGCAGGUUAGUGUUGAGUUGUUCUCUGGCGGGGCACAUGUACUGAGUUGUACCAGUUCUUGUACUACAGGUGUCG